UGGUGGACCACAGUCGAUUUCAAGUGAUCAAGUGCUAGCUGCCUAGCACCCAAAAAACAAAAAAACAAAAAAAAAACGAUGGAGCAAAAGCUCCAAAACAUACCAGACUACUCUUCAGUCAGGUGAAACUGCAAGGCCCAAAGUACACACAACUCGCAGUCGCAGCCACCAGAAGGCAGAAGCGCGUGAGAGCCCGGCCGCCGGCCACCGUGCAGAACUCGUGCUGGUCCCCGGCGACGUGCCACGCCGCGCUCCUCCCCCGGAUCUCAUCUCCGAUCAGGAUCCCUGGCAUGCGGGCGCCGGUAAGCACAGUUCCCUCCCUCCCUGGCUGGCUGUCCGCCAUGCGCCGUGGCACCAAACCGGUGUCGCCUCGAGCUGUGGCUGUGAUCAAGGGAAGGGACCCAUUCCUUGCGGUUCCCAGCAGUCCCAUCCGUGCGUUUGGGUUUGGAUCCUGUCCCGUCCCUCCCCAACCAUAGCCGUCCAAUUCUGCAUGAUAUAGGAGUAGGAUCACGUCCACCUCCCCCCACGCAGUUUGGCACGCAACAAAGCGCGCUGGACUUUUGUAGCCUCGACCGGCACACUAGCUCGCUCUCGUCUCUGUCCUUGUCCGCCAUGAAGCUCAUGAAGCUCGGCACGCGCCCGGACUCCUUCUUCACCUCCGGGCCCGUCAGGUCUGUCCACACGGAGGUGGCCACCGACCUGCAAAUCCAGGUGGAUCGCAGCCUGUUCCGGCUCCACAAGUUCCCUCUGCUCUCCAAAUGCCAGCUGCUGCAGGCUCUGUGCGCGGACACCGACGCCGUCGAGCUGCGGGGCUUCCCGGGCGGCGCGGACGCGUUCGAGGCCUGCGCCAAGUUCUGCUACGGCGUGGCCAUCACGGUGGGCGCGCACAACGUCGUGCCGCUGCGCUGCGCGGCGGGGCGCCUCGGCAUGACGGAGGCCGCCGACCGGGGCAACCUCGCCGCCAAGCUCGACUCCUUCCUGGCCUCCUGCCUGCUCCGCCGCUGGAGGGACGCGCUCGCCGUGCUCCGCUCCGCCGGCCGCUGCAACGCCUUGGCCGCCGAGUGCGAGGACCUCGGCGUCACGUCGCGGUGCGUCGAGGCCGUCGCCAUGCUCAUCACCACGGACCCCGCCGCCGCCGCCGCCGCCGGCGGCAACGCGGCGCUGGCGGCCAGGGCCUGCUCCUCCUCCUCGUCGUCGUCGUCGCCGUGGUGGGCGCGUGACGUCUCCGACCUCCGCGUCGACCUCUUCUGGCGCGUCAUGGUGGCCGUCAAGGCGGCUGGCACCGUCAAAGGGAGAGCCGUCGGCGACGCGCUCAGGACCUACGCGCGCCGGUGGCUGCCGACCGUUUCCAGGAGCGGGUACCUGGUGGUCGAGCAGACCGACAUCAUCAGCACGGCCGACGAGGGGAGUUUCGAUUUCGAUGUGGUCGCCAGGAACAGCCAGCUUCUUGUCGAGAGGAUGGUGAGCUUGCUCCCCGCCGAGAGGAACGCCGCCCCCUGCAGCUUCUUUCUCAAGCUUCUCAAGGCGGCUAACGUCCUGGGCGCGUCUCCCGCGUCCAAGGCGGAGCUCACGAGGCGGGCGGCGUUGCAGCUGGAAGACGCCAACGUGAGCGACCUCCUCAUACCGUCGUGCGCGAGCGAGACGACGCUGUACGACGUGGACGCCGUGAUGGCCAUCCUCGAAGAGCUCGCGCUGCGGCAAGCGGCGGCGGGGGUCCCGGAGGCAAGCCCGCCGCACGCGCGCGGGCACAGACGGUCGCGGUCCGCCGAGAGCUCCGAGUUCGAGGGAGCGCGGCGGUCGACGUCCGCCGCGGCGUCGCACGGCGCGAUGGUCAGGAUCGGGAGGCUGGUCGAUGGGUUCUUGAUGGAGGUCGCCAAGGAUCCCAACCUGCCGCUGGAGAAGCUGAUCGCCAUUGCCGAGGCCGUGCCGGACUGCGCCCGCCCGGAGCACGACCAUCUUUACCGAGCCGUCGACACUUAUCUCAGAGUGCAUCCGGAGAUGGACAAGGGUUCGAGGAAGAAGCUGUGCAGGGUUCUCAACUGCAGGAAGCUCUCCGAGACGGCGUCCAUGCACGCCGCCCAGAACGAGCUGCUGCCGCUCCGGGUCGUCGUGCAGGUGCUCUUCUUCGAGAACGCACGCGCGGCGGCGGCGGCGCUGUCCGGCCCCGGGGCCAACAACGGCCGCGUCGCGGGCGUGGCGGGUGGCGUCAGGGCGUUGCUCGCCAAGUCAAGGAGGGAGGCAGACGGCGAGGAGGCGGCCAAGAACGAGCAAAGGCUCCGGCGGGGCAUCGCCGCCGCCGCGCCUGGCCCUGACGACGGCAACGACUGGAGCGUGGAGGGGCUGAAACGCGCGGCGUCGAGGAUCUCGACCCUGAGGAUGAAGCUGGAGGAGGACGAGGACGCGGACGCGGACGCGGACGACGAGGCGUUCGUGCACAGGGCGCGCGCGGGGCUGGUCCGGAGCGCGUCCGCCCGCGUCAGGGCGCUCUGCGACUGCGCGAGCGCGAUCCCGGCUGGGAAGCCCAAGCGGAUGCUGAGCAGGCUGUGGCCGUCGAGCUCGUGCAGAGACGGUCACUGAGAGACCAGCACGAGAGCAAUGCGGUGGCAGAUCGAUCGAUCAAGGCACACUAUUCUGGUCACGAAGGCUGUGCAUGUGUACAAAAAAAAGGUGAAAGAGAACGCUGCAAAUACUCAAUUUGAUAUGCCAUAUGUUUGCUUGAGAGUCCUACUCUUGCAUAUAUGAUCUUUCAAAAAGAGACGCCCAUGUAUAUAUUUUUUUCAAUGAGAAAAGAGGGAUAAAAACGUCUGAA